UUAGAGGCCUGUGGGUACAGUGUAGGAAGCACACAGCACACAUCCCAAUCUUGCCUGACUGCUGAAAGCCUAGUAAACAGGAAGGCUAGAAAUUACUGGUUUUAACUCACAGCUUUUAGGUUGAGAAGCAUCUAGAUGAGCGAUGAAGUUAGGGUUUGAGGAAAUGGCUGCGUUUUGUAUUGCUUAAAAGGACUGCAGCCCGAGCGGGGUAAGUCAGCAGGAUGCUCCCGGUGUGCCUCUGCGGCAGCGAUGUGGUCUCUAAGGAAACCUGUGCCUGAUGCUCGCAGCCUGGGCAGUGCUGGCGGCCCAGGGCCGUCUGUCUGCUGCCUGCUGAUGGAGGCUGCGCCGCAUCCACCAGGCAGGGCUCUGCACGCAUGCCCGUCUUCCCCGGCGUUUAGUGGUGUCAACUUAUUAAUUUCCAUCUUCGACUUCAGGCCUGUUAGUUUCCUGUCUGAAAGCAUUAUUACUUUUGUCCAUGUGGCAAAAUAAUUAGCAUACAGAUGAGAAGUGGCCCCGUGUCUGCGCGCCGAUAGAGAGAAGAUGCGCGGUUCGAAGUUGAUUGGAUGAAUGGCGAACAAAUGGUGGGCGUUCAAAAGCAUUAGAAGAGUUUUGUAGUCGCGGAGCAGGCUGGAGAAUUUUCUGGACAGGGGUCACAGACAGGCUGCAGCUGAGGACCAGGUGUUCAGUUCUCAGCUGGGCUUUGCCCUACCCGCGUUGACAGCUGGGUAUCACAGAGUGUGGAAAUGAGCACCAGGACGAAUUGGUGAAAAUAUCCAGCUGGCAUUUCUGAGUCCUGUGGCAGGAGCCAACAGCACUGGUUCGAAGAGGACCCAGAAAGUGAACUCAGAGUGACCACAUCUGGCAGAAGAGGAGAAGAUGUAGUUACUGAGUCCGGUUCAGUCUUUGUGUCUCUCACACUGUCAACAAAGGAAAGGCUACAGCUGGCCCUGCAGACAUAUGGAGAUUCCAGGAGCCACGUAAAGAUGGAGAAAUGGAGGCACAGAGAAAUUAAGUGACUUGGCCACAGUUACAAGCUGGGGAGGACCAGGGAAAUCCUAGAGAGAGCUGGCUCUGGGCCUGUAUCCUGCCCACGGAGUCACCCUGCCUCCGUCCUCAGGAGAGAAGGCUUCCUACAAGAUGGACGUGGACGCUGAGGAGAAGCGCCAUCGCACACGGUCCAAAGGGGUUCGCGUUCCUGUGGAGCCAGCCAUACAAGAGCUGUUCAGCUGUCCCACUCCAGGCUGCGAUGGCAGUGGUCACGUCAGUGGCAAAUAUGCACGACACAGAAGUGUAUAUGGUUGUCCCUUGGCUAAAAAAAGGAAAACGCAAGAUAAACAGCCCCAAGAGCCUGCUCCGAAGCGAAAACCAUUUGCAAUGAAAGCAGAUAGUUCCUCAGUAGACGAGUGCUUUGAGAGCGACGGCACUGAAGACAUGGAUGACAAGGGGGAGGACGAGGAAGAGGAGUUCUCCGAGGACAACGAUGAGCAAGGGGAUGAGGAUGAUGACGACGAAGAGGUGGAUCGGGAAGACGAGGAGGAGAUCGAGGAGGAAGAUGACGACGACGAUGAUGAUGAGGAUGGAGAUGAUGUAGAAGAGGAAGAGGAGGAAGAGGAGGAAGAAGAGGAAGAGGAAGAAGAAGAGGAAGAAGAAAAUGAUGACCAUCAAAUGAGUUGUACGCGAAUAAUGCAGGACACAGAAAAGGAUGAUAACAACAAUGAUGAGUAUGAUAACUAUGAUGAACUGGUAGCCAAGUCACUAUUAAAUCUUGGCAAAAUUGCUGAAGAUGCAGCAUACCGAGCUAGGACUGAGUCAGAAAUGAACAGCAAUACCUCUAAUAGCUUGGAGGACGAUAGUGACAAAAAUGAAAACCUCGGUCGGAAAAGCGAACUGAGUCUAGAUUUAGACAGUGAUGUUGUUAGAGAAACAGUGGACUCCCUUAAGCUGUUAGCACAAGGACAUGGUGUUGUGCUAUCGGAGAACAUCGGUGACAGAAGUUAUGCUGAAGGAAUGUCACAGCAAGACAGUAGAAAUAUGAACUAUGUCAUGCUAGGGAAGCCCAUGAACAAUGGACUCAUGGAGAAGAUGGUGGAGGAGAGUGAUGAGGAAGUGUGUCUCAGUAGUCUAGAGUGUCUGAGAAACCAGUGCUUCGACCUGGCUAGGAAACUCAGCGAGACCAACCCACAGGACAGGAGUCAGCCACCCAACAUGAGUGUGCGCCAGCAUGUCCGGCAAGAGGAUGACUUCCCUGGGAGGACACCAGACAGGAGCUACUCAGAUAUGAUGAACCUUAUGCGGCUGGAGGAGCAGUUGAGCCCCAGGUCUAGAACGUUCUCCAGCUGUGCCAAGGAGGAUGGGUGUCAUGAGAGGGAUGAUGACACCACCUCAGUGAACUCAGACAGGUCUGAGGAGGUAUUUGACAUGACCAAGGGCAACCUGACUCUGCUAGAGAAAGCCAUUGCCUUGGAGACAGAGAGAGCCAAGGCCAUGAGGGAGAAGAUGGCCAUGGACGCUGGGAGAAGGGAUAACCUGAGAUCCUAUGAGGACCAGUCUCCAAGACAGCUGGCUGGUGAAGACAGAAAAUCCAAAUCCAGUGACAGCCAUGUCAAAAAGCCAUACUAUGGUAAAGAUCCCUCAAGAACAGAAAAGAGAGAGAGCAAGUGUCCAACCCCCGGGUGUGAUGGAACCGGCCACGUAACUGGGCUUUACCCGCAUCACCGCAGUCUGUCUGGAUGCCCGCACAAAGAUAGGGUCCCUCCAGAAAUUCUUGCCAUGCAUGAAAAUGUUCUCAAGUGUCCCACUCCAGGCUGCACAGGGCGAGGGCAUGUGAAUAGCAACAGGAACUCGCACAGAAGCCUCUCCGGGUGCCCUAUCGCUGCUGCAGAAAAACUGGCAAAGGCCCAAGAGAAACACCAGAGCUGCGAUGUGUCCAAGUCCAACCAAGCCUCAGACCGAGUCCUCAGGCCAAUGUGCUUUGUCAAGCAACUUGAGAUUCCUCAGUAUGGCUACAGAAACAAUGUCCCCACGACAACACCGCGCUCCAACCUGGCCAAGGAGCUUGAGAAAUAUUCCAAGACUUCGUUUGAAUACAACAGUUACGACAACCAUACUUAUGGCAAAAGAGCCAUAGCUCCCAAGGUGCAAACCAGGGACAUAUCCCCCAAAGGAUAUGACGAUGGUCAGUUCAUCAGUGAGCAUACCGGUAUGUUAGCUCCCAGAGGGAUCUGGUCCUCAGAGUCUUCAGGCCUUACCGUGGAAGUGGGCUGGGAAGACAGUGAAUCUGACAGAGGAGCCAAGCGGUACUGCAAGAAUGCCAGCCCCAGCAGCAGCACCACCAGCAGCUAUGCACCCAGCAGCAGCAGCAAUCUCAGCUGCGGUGGUGGCAGCAGCGCCAGUAGCACGUGUAGCAAGAGCAGCUUUGACUACACACAUGACAUGGAGGCCGCACACAUGGCAGCCACAGCCAUCCUCAACCUGUCCACACGCUGCCGUGAAAUGCCACAGAACCUGUCCACCAAGCCCCAGGACCUGUGCACCGCCCGGGUAUGCCCAGGGCCUCAGCUGUGUCGCGAGGGAGCUGGCUAUGAGUUGACUCACUGCCAGCACUACAGCCCUGUGCCUCAGAGCAGUGGACAGCAGAACCCAGACAUGGAAGUGGACGAGAAUGGCACCUUGGACCUGAGCAUGAACAAGCAGAGGCCUCGAGACAGCUGCUGCCCAGUCCUGACACCCCUGGAGCCCAUGUCCCCCCAGCAGCAGGCAGUGAUGAGCAGCCGAUGCUUCCAGCUGAGUGAGGGGGAUUGCUGGGACUUACCGGUAGACUACACCAAAAUGAAGCCUCGGAGGGUAGAUGAGGAUGACCCCAAAGAGAUUACUCCAGAAGACUUGGACCCAUUCCAGGAGGCCCUGGAAGAAAGAAGGUAUCCCGGGGAGGUGACCAUUCCAAGCCCCAAACCCAAGUACCCGCAGUGCAAGGAGAGCAAAAAGGACUUAAUAACUCUGUCUGGCUGCCCCCUGGCGGACAAAAGCAUUCGAAGUAUGCUGGCCACCAGUUCGCAAGAGCUCAAGUGUCCCACCCCUGGCUGUGACGGUUCUGGACACAUCACUGGCAAUUAUGCUUCUCAUCGAAGCCUUUCUGGGUGCCCAAGAGCAAAGAAGAGUGGCAUCCGGAUAGCACAGAGCAAAGAGGACAAGGAGGACCAGGAGCCGAUCAGGUGUCCAGUCCCUGGCUGUGAUGGUCAGGGCCACAUCACUGGGAAGUAUGCAUCCCACCGCAGCGCCUCCGGGUGCCCGUUGGCAGCCAAGAGGCAGAAAGAUGGGUACCUCAACGGCUCCCAGUUCUCCUGGAAGUCAGUCAAGACUGAGGGCAUGUCCUGCCCUACACCUGGCUGUGACGGGUCGGGACACGUCAGUGGCAGCUUUCUAACACACCGCAGCUUGUCAGGAUGUCCAAGAGCCACAUCAGCAAUGAAGAAAGCAAAGCUGUCUGGAGAACAGAUGUUGACUAUUAAGCAGCGAGCCAGCAAUGGUAUAGAAAAUGAUGAAGAAAUCAAGCAGUUAGAUGAAGAGAUAAAGGAGCUUAACGAAUCCAAUUCCCAAAUGGAGGCUGACAUGAUCAAACUCAGAACUCAGAUCACCACAAUGGAGAGCAACCUAAAGACGAUUGAGGAGGAGAACAAAGUCAUCGAGCAGCAGAACGAGUCGCUCCUGCACGAGCUGGCCAACCUGAGCCAGUCUCUGAUCCACAGCCUCGCCAACAUCCAGCUGCCUCACAUGGAUCCAAUCAAUGAACAAAAUUUUGAUGCUUACGUGACUACUUUGACGGAAAUGUAUACAAAUCAAGAUCGUUAUCAGAGUCCAGAAAAUAAAGCCCUACUGGAAAAUAUAAAGCAGGCUGUGAGAGGAAUUCAGGUCUGAACAGCUGCUCUAGUGCUGACUCAUGCUUAAAAAGGAUGCCUCUUGUUUCUUGCUGCUGUAACUUACCAGAAAGUGUUAUAUAUUUAUUUCUGUCGGAACAGUGUUAUGCUACAAGACUUCAUAAUGGUUUUGUGUGCUUUCGAGAUAGUACCUGCAGACUAGUUUUGGAUACAUUCACAUUUUGUACGUUUUCAUAUAAGCUGACAUAGUGUGAUUUGCCAUGUAAUGUUUAUAGCUGCUGCUGUCUGCACAUUUGGGGGUCUCUAUAUUUCUGAAGAGGUAAGCUGAUCAAAACAGAGUGUAAAUUCUUUUUAAUGCUUUAGUGAUUAAAUGUUUUAGUAUUUUGAACUGAAAUGGACAAAAAGAAAAAAGGGAAAAAAAGCAGGUUUGAAUGAUCACUUUGUGGCCUCAUGGCCACUUUUAGACAUUAUCAUUUUGCCUCAGGUUGGAGGACUUUGUGGAAUUUAAGAAAUACAUUUUGUGUGCAUAUUGUUUCAUAGCAAGAAUUGGUUGCAAAAAAUGCUUUAUUUUUGAACAAUGCUUGGAAAUAUUAUGUGACUUUUUUGUUUGUUUGUUUUAGGAGGAUGGUGUAUGGUGGGGGCAAUAAAUGAGGUUUUUUGCAUUCCAAGGAAAUGGCAUAUGGAUUAACUAUAAGAAAUGAAAUAAGUAAUUUAUUGUAAGACAACAUCAAGCCAUGGAAACUUGGCAGAAGAUUCAAAGCAGCUUAAACAGCACUUUUAAUUAACUCCUAGACAUUACAUGGUGGGACUGUGGAAACUCCGUUAACACAGGAGCUUGUCAGAGGUGGACAACAUGAAGAUUUCCUUUGCAUUUUCAGUACCCUUUGGAGCAGCCUUCUCUUAUUUCUCCUAGAGCCCCGUGCCCCUCUGAACUGUUACCACAAUAUAGCUUACCUAGCAGAAGUUGAUUGUUUUUCAAUUUGAGGGAAAAAAAGGUAAUUUCAGCAUUUAUCUCCCCUUUUCACUUUCAAAAAUCAUCAUCACUCGUUAUUCUUGUUUCACAUCUGAGGAUGAAGGCUAACGGCUGUGAUUGCCCCGGUUACUGGAUGGGAUUCUCUGCUGGGCGGGUGGGAAAGCAGCUCUACCCUUCCCUCUCCCUACCUGCCCCAACUCUGACUCCGAAUAAGCCUUGGUCCUAUUGAGAACACUCUGGACACCAAGGCCAAGGACGUUCACACUCUGCCCUCGCUGGGUCCAGCUGACUCCAGCGUCUGCACAGCCUUGUUUGGUUUAUGGUGACCUAACCUGAGAAGGAAUGCAAUCAGAUUUUAAAGUUACUAAAUAUACUUCAGCACUUUUUUUGCUUUAAACUAGAUCAUCUUAGACUUGUUGAUACCUUUGACAUUUGAUGGUCUCAUCCCAAAUGACUGCACUAUAUGUAUGCAUACGGCCACUUUUGAUCGCUGCACCCCUGCUGAGUAGUCUUUGACAAUGUGUUGUGUUCCCCGAUGUCGACUUGAUUUCCUUUUAGUAGCAUCUCUCUCUUCCAUGUCUUGAUGUUAUGCAGGAAGUACAAAAGUACUUUAAAAUUUUGUUAUGAAAUAAAAAAAGAUGGGUUUUGUAAAAAUAAAAAAAUAUUUUUAGCAGAACAGGACUUACAGGGUCAUUGUCCCCACAAUGUGCCAGUCGGCUCUUUGCACUCGCCUUGUCCUAUAUAUCUGUACGGAGGUGUGCAAUCCUGUGUCAGUCGCCUUGUGACACUGAAGUGGAUGAGUUAGAGAGGAGGCCCUCAAGGCUGACCCAAUACGGUUACUAAGGGAGACUACAGGGAUCUCACAACAAAUAUUCUGAUACAAUACUCAACCUCGGUAUAUAUAUAUAUGUAUAUGUAUAAAUAUAAGAAUAUCCCAGCGGCACUUUAUACUGUUCACUGUACAAAAGCUUACAGUUUUCCACAAGGACUUUAAUACCUAGCUGGGGAAAAGAUUAUGUAAUUACUCGGGGCACUGCAGGACCUUCUCUGCCCAGCGCCCCCUUUCUGUUGUGUGAUUAGUUGUAGCUGCCACGCUCAGAAUUGCCUUUUUGAGAGCUGAAGCAAGGUGCUUACUGUCACCUGAUGCCAUACACAUGGUCCCAGGCCCCCACCCGGGGGGAAGGGGGGGGCUCUGUUCAUAGCGGCACAUGCAUUUCCCCACCGCGUCUUGUCUGCAGCUUCCUGGCCAAUGUAGUAAUGCUUUUAGUAGAGUAAUAGGUAGUAUCGGUUUGGAUUCUUAUUGUUAUCACCUAUGUACAAUGGAGAGGGGUUCUAAGCACAAACCUGCUGCUCAUGUAACGUUGGUACAUAAUAUCAAAUCAGAAGUUACCUGUGACUAUAUAUAGGGAUCACACAGUGUCACAUGUUAGAAUGCUGACCUUCCACAUGGGGUAUUGUGAGUCAUCAGAGCAUAUUUAUUAUAACUUAUUGUUCAUAUUCAUUUCUAAGUUAACUUAAGUCAUCAUCUAUUAAGACAGAGUUUUGUAUAAACUAUUUAUUGUGCUCUCUGUGGAACUGAAGUUUGAUUUAUUUUUGUACUACACGGCAUGGGUUUGUUGACACUUUAAUUUUGCUAUAAAUGUGUGGAAUCACAAGUUGCUGUGAUACUUCAUUUUUAAAUUGUGAACUUUGUACAAACUUUGUCAUGCUGAUGUGAACACAUCUUACUCUGAAUAAAAAGGUGUUGCCACGUUUGUAGCACGAAGGA